AUGGCAUUAGUGGGCUCCUUACUCUCCAUCAUCAACGAGAUCUCCGCGCUCGGCGAUCGCCUGCGCAGCCACAAGCGCUCGUGUCAGAUUCUCAUCCGCCGGAUCAAGCUGCUCGCACCGCUCUUCGAGGAGAUUAGAGACGUCAAGAGCCCGCUGCCGGCGGCGGCGGUCGUGGCGUUUCAGAGCAUGCGGGCCGCGCUUAGCGCCGCGAAGACCAUUCUCGUUGACUGCAGCAGCGGAAGCCGCAUCUGGAUGGUCAGUGAUGGAGCGCGAGGCGAUGACGGAGCGCAUGCGCGCGGUGAAAUUGGAACUGCGCAUCACUCCCCCCUCGUGUCUCCCCCCGUUCCCCCCCGCUCCCCCAUUCCCCCCGCCCUUUCCGCGCAGGUAAUGGAGCGCGAGGCGAUGGGGGAGCGCAUGCGCGCGGUGAAUCUGGAGCUGAGCGGCGCGCUGGCGGACCUGCCAAUGAACGUGAUGGCUAUCUCGGAGGAGAUCCAGGAGCAGACCCAGCUGGUGCAGGUGCAGCUGAAGCGCAGCCGGGCACUGGACGACGCGCAGGAGGAGCAGCUCUACGCCGACGUGCGCCACAUCCUCUCUGACCCGCGCCUGGGCGGCCCUCCCCUCAUCAGCUCCACCCGCCACACCACCAGCGCCGCCGCUGCUGCUGCUGCUGCCGCACCCGGCGCCUCUGCCUCUGCUGCUGCUUCCGAGGGGGGAGUUGACGGCUCAGGCCCGAUAAUUGAUCUGUCAGCAGUGCUGCAGUCACCACACCCCUCUGCUCCUCCUCCCUCCCCGGCCGUUCUCUCGUCCUUCCCCUCCUUCCCUCCCACGCACACGGAUCUUAACAAGGGUGCUGCUGCGGCUGCUGGUGUUACAAUCACAGUGGUAACAUCAGGUGGGGCAGGAGACGAAGGAGCAGAGGCAGGAGGGUCUGCAGCAGGAGGAGGAGCUGGGCGGUUGCCGUCUUUACCCUCGCUAAGUUCUGUGGAAGCAGGGUUACUAGACCCGGUUCUGGGCAAGCUAGGGCUGAUCUCCCUGCCUGCUGUUUUGGAGGAAAUAGCAUUGCUAAAACGAGCGCGGUAUCAGCUUAUAGAGGAGACGGACGCAGCAGUAGCGACAGGCGGAGGGGGUGGGGGUGGGGGUGUGGGUGGGGAAUCCGCAAUUGAACGGCUGAGGCUGCGGCUAAAUGAGGAGCUAAGGAAGGGGGCAGAGAUGAGCUUCUCAGGAGAGGAGGAGGGAGGGUCUAGUGGGGGGAGAGGGGGAGGGAAAGAGGAGGACCCUUCUGUUUCUUCCAAGUCUCAAGUUUCACUUAAAAGUGCUGUUUCUUCUAGAGGGGGCGAUGGGAAGUCAGGGGAUGGCAGCAUGUGUUCAAGGGCGGUUGCAGAGCGUAGGGUUGCUUUGGAGAGUAGGAAAAAUGAGAAACUGAGGGAGGUGGAGAAGAUAAUACUGUUACUGGAGCGGCUUAAAGUUAGUCUAAGCGGAGGGAUGGAGGAUAGAGAGGAGGGGAGCUGUGGAAUGAGGAAGUCUGGGAGUGGGGAUGGGUCGGGAGGGGAGGAGGGGAAUCCGGAAGAUGGGGUGGAUCGGGGCGGCAUCGGCGUGGGCACUGGGUCGGCGCUGCGGUCGAAGUCCGGGCGGCUGGUGGUGCCCCCGGAUGACUUCCGUUGUCCUAUCUCGCUGGAGAUUAUGAGAGAUCCGGUGAUCGUCUCCACAGGCCAGACGUACCAUCGAGCCUGUAUUGAGCAGUGGCUCAAGGAAGGCCACAAGACGUGUCCAAAAACCCAGCAGAUCCUCUCUCAGCCCGCCUCGCUCAUCCCCAACUUCUCUCCUCCCUCAACCCCUUUCCUUCUUCCAGACAUACGACAGGGCGUACAUAGAGCAGUGGCUCAAGGAGGGCCACAAGACGUGCCCCAAGACGCAGCAGAUCCUCUCCCAGCCCGCCUCAAUUCGCGCUCGCUCCCUUUGUCCUUCCCCACCUCCCCUUUCCCCCCCCUCCAGACAUACGACAAGGCGUACAUAGAGCAGUGGCUGAAGGAGGGUCACAAGACGUGCCCCAAGACCCAGCAGAUCCUCUCUCAGCCCGCGUCACUCAUCCCCAACUUCUCCCUGCGAAGCCUCAUCCAGCAAUGGUGCGAGGCCAAUCAUGUGGAACUACCCAAGCGAUCACACAAGUCAGGCCACAGGCACCACCAUCACAGCAGCAAGCAUGGGAGCAGCAGCAGUGGUGGUGGUGGUAGCAGCGGGGGUAGGGGUGCGGGUGGGAGCAGUGGGGGUGGUGGGUCUGGUGGGGGAGCAGGUGGGACCGGGGACGGAGGCUCGGCGGAGAUUUCGCUCUCGGAUCGGCAUCAGGUGAUGCAGCUUCGGGACCGGCUUCGGUCGCCGGACCUGGAGGUUCGGAAGAGUGCUGCAGUAGACGUAAGGCUGCUGGCAAAACGAAGUGUGGAGAACCGAGUUGCAAUGGCUGAAGGAGGCGUCAUCCCUCUCCUGGUCGAAUUACUCACUGACCCUCUCCCAGCUGAUGCCAAAAUGCAGGAGCAUACGGUUACCGGGUUACUAAACUUGUCGAUCAACGACCCGAACAAGAGCCUGAUUGUCUCAGCCGGAGCUAUCCCCGCCAUAGUUCGGGUUCUGGAGAAAGGAGGCAGCAUGGAGGCUCGGGAAAACGCUGCUGCGGCGCUGUUCUCGCUCUCGGUCAUGGAUGAAAAUAAGAUUUCGAUCGGGCAGGCAGGAGCGAUACCAGCACUGGUGGACCUGCUUCAGCACGGGUCGACUCGAGGAAAGAAAGACGCUGCUACGGCGAUUUUCAACCUGUCCAUCUACCAGGGGAAUAAGGCUAGGGCUGUGCGUGCCGGGGUGGUGGCCCCUCUCGUGGAACUCCUCGUGCACCGUCGAUCGGGCAUGAUGGACGAGGCCCUCGCGAUCCUGGCUGUCCUUUCGAUGUCCCCAGAGGGGCGAACGGCGAUAGGAGAGGCGACCGCAGUGCCGAUUCUGGUGGAGCUGAUGAAGGAUGGGUCUCCGAGAAACAAGGAGAAUGCGGCUUCUGUGCUGCUCUCGCUGUGCUUGAAUGGCCGGGAGCACACGGAGCUUGCGGUGCAGUGCGGUGCUGUGCCGCCGCUGCAGCUGCUGCUCAGGACUGGGACGCCCAGGGCUAAGCGGAAAGCGUCUCAGCUGCUGCAGCACCUGCAGGAGCAGGAGCUCAUGGCCAAGAAGACUUAA